ACCUCGAUUUUGCUCUUCAGUACUAGGAGCUGUGCAUUCAGAAGCAUUUCUCUCUAUGCAAUCUAAUCCUGAGAGGACCCUAAACGUACGCUACUACAGAAAGGCACAGAGGCCUUGCACACAUCAUCGCCUUUGAUUCCCUUGCCCCGAAAGCCAAGGCUUGUAGAUUGAUCGCGAACCCGGGCAGCUAUUCCGUAGGGGCCUCUCUGGAACACACUAACCAGCUUAGCAUCUUAGCUGACAGCUAGCAGACUAUAGCUGAUCGCGGACGAGCUGACGUUUGAGUCGACUCAAAAGUUAGUCCGUUGGGGGCUCUCUAGAACACGCUAAUCAGCUUAGCGUCAUCGUAGCUGACGGCUAGCAGACUAGAGCUGGUCGUGAAAACGCGUCCGCAGAGGCUGCCCUGACUCGCAGUUUUUCUAGCAUCGCAAAAUUUUAUAGCACCGAUUCCUCCGGCAUCGCCCAAUUUCUCUGGCAUCACAUUUCCGCAGCCUUGCCCCUACCACCGCAGCCUUGCCCCUAGCACCCCAGCCAAUCUCUGAGUCCGCAAUUCUACUGCCGUGGCCUCUCAAUUCUACUGCCGUGCCGUAACCUCUCUUAUCUCCCGCAAACUCACCACUGCCCUGCAGCAAGCGUUUUCGCGAAAGUUUAGCGGGUCUGCCACCACCUUACCCUCACAAUCAUCGGAUCUGAAAUAAAAGGAGGACUUAAGCCUAGUUGGAACCGAAACUGUCCAUUUCCCUAGGCAUCUCAGCCGCUUACCGGCGAAUAACGCGAGACAGGGUGAUGAGUCGCACGGUCGCCUGCUCUCGCACUGCGACUCGGGCGACCGGCGUGCGACGGAACGGAUUGCCGAACAAUCAUGCGAAAGAGUCAGCGACACGGUCGUUGAGAUGGCUGACUGUCGUUUGGCUUGUCGCUGUGGUCGCAGGAGCGGCCCCGACGUCGCAGGCCGGAGUUGCGACCGCAAAGGCUGCGCCCAUUCGCAAGCAGUACAUAGUGCACCUGGCGGGCGUGCCGCCGGUGCUUAACUACCGCGGCGGCGUGCCGGGGCUGGCGGCGACGGCCCCCGAGCUCGACGACAACGACCCCGAGAGCAGCCCCACUGACGCCGACGACAACGAUAGCGCGCCGAUUGACAGUUCCGGUGGCGGUUCAGGUGCCGGCUCAGGUGCCGGCUCGGGUGGCGGUUCUGGUGACUCAGGUGGAAAUUCAGGCGGUUCUGGAGGAGAUUCAGGUGGUUCUUCAGGUGAAUUUUCUUCGGCAGGUGGAGGAGGAGGAGCAGUCUCUGCGGCGGGUGGUGGCACGGAUGCUACAGCCGGGGGAGCUACAAACGGGGACGCUACAAGCGGGGACGCUACAACUGGCGCUACGAACGCCACGCUCGCUGCAGCGGCGCUCCAAGGCGUCAACUCGGGUCGAUUCGCCACCGUUACUAGCACACCCGGCAUAACCACAAGCUUCGCUACAAAGGGGUUCGUGACUACCGCGCAAGGAGGGUUUCGGGAAACGACGUCGCGGAUAUCCGCGGAAGGACCAGCGUUAACUGCGCUGAGGGCGAUUCGGCGGCUGGCGGACAGAAUCAAGCGGCGCGCGGACGUGCGGAGGGCGAACGUGAAGGUUUUCGUCGACUUUUUGCGAGAUUCGCAGCGACGGUUUUUGCAGAAAGCUAACAUUUCGCCGUCGCAGAUGUUCCAGAGCUACAGUUAUACGGUUAACGGGUUCGCUGUAUCGCUGACAGACGCCGAGGCGAAGCGGCUGAAGCAGAACCGCGACGUGGCGUGGAUCGAAGAAGACCAACCGGUUCGUGCUCUCACUGUAGACUCGCCAACUUUCUUGAAGCUGCCCACGAGCCUAUGGGCUGAAAACGGGGGGCAGAGCCGGGCGGGCGAGGAUGUGAUUAUAGGCGUGGUGGACUCUGGGAUCUGGCCAGAACACCCCUCAUUCGCAAACAAUCCUGCAGACCCCUAUGGCCCUGUCCCCGCGCGCUGGUUCGGCGGGUGUGCGGCAACGGCAGACUUCCCUGCCUCUCUUUGCAACGGCAAGCUGAUCGGGGCCAAGUUUUUCAACAGCGGCUUUCGGAAAUCCGGGCAGGGCGUGGACCCGGUGAACGACUUUCCGUCUGCCCGGGAUGGCGACGGGCACGGCACGUGGUGUGCGGGAGCCGCUGGCGGCAACGCCAACGUGAGUGUGACAAUGAACGGCCGCAGCUACGGGGCGGCCAGUGGCGUGGCGCCACGCGCGCGCAUCGCCAUGUACAAGGCGCUCUGGGUGGUCAAGGAUGGGGGGGCGUCUGGAACCAACGCCGAUAUACGUGCCGCUGUCGACACUGCUGUGGCCGAUGGGGUGGACGUGCUCUCCCUCUCACUCGGAGGCUCGGUUCCGCAGUACUUCUCGGAUAUACCCUACAUGAAUGCGGCCAAGGCGGGAGUGUUUGUGGCGCUAGCAGCGGGCAAUGCCGGCCCGCCCUCCCCCAUGAGAAUCAUCGGGACCCUGAGCAACGCUGCUCCGUGGUACCUCACAGUGGGCGCAACCACCAUCGGCCGCGAUUACUACGCCACUCUGAGCCUCGGCAACGGGGUGGACGUCAGGGGAGUGAGCUUCGGGGGCAACGCACAGACGGUUGACAAGCCCCUGCUGUCGGCGGCUGCUGUUGUCAAGUCAGGGGCGUCUGCUUCCGAUGCGGCCCUAUGUGACAUCACUGCCAUUGAUCGAACCAAGGUUGCGGGCCGAAUCAUCGUGUGCACGUACCAGCCAUCCGCCACAAAGUCUACCGGCAUCCCAAUCAACACCCUCGCCUCCUACAAAGCAGCAGCCCUCAUCCUCCUUAGUGGCUCACCCGAUACAGACAGCAUGCCAAUGCUUCCUUUCACGGAGCUGCCCCUCCUCUACCUCAAAAACUCCCAGGGCGUGCAGGUGAAAAACUACCUGCAGCAGGCAGCCAAUCCCGUGGCGACACUUGGCGAAGUCGAAACCACUAACACCACCAACGCCCCCCAAAUGGCAUUUUUCUCCUCCACUGGUCCAACCAUCAACCCAGCCCUUUUCCCCAUCCCCUCCUUCCUCCCCACUAACGACAUCUUAAAGCCCGACAUUGUAGGCCCGGGCUUCCAGCUCUGGUCGUCGUACCGAGGCAAGAGCGCAGCUUCGGCAGCCACCGACCCUCCCAGGUUCAACUGCAUUUCUGGAACCUCCAUGGCAACUCCCCACCUGGCUGGCAUUGCCGCCCUAUUAAUCCAAAAGAACCCGGGAUGGACCCCCGCCCAGGUGAUGUCAGCAAUGAUGACUACAGCAUCUACAGUGAACAACGCCGGGCAGGCGAUAAAACGGGCGAAUGGAGCUGUGGCUACUCCGUGGGACUACGGCUCGGGGCAAGUAGACCCUUCGAGGAUUCUAAACCCUGGGUUGACACUUACCUCGGGCUUUAAUGAUUAUGUGAAUUUCCUCGCCAGCCGUAAUUUCAAGCAGACGAAGCACGCCUUUCCGGGACUGAAAGGAAUCCGGGCUCGCAAGCCGUGGAAUCUCAACCGUCCAACGAUCGCGAUCUCGCGGCUGACGAUGCAGGGGAGGAAGAUUGUGCGGACGGUUCGGAACGUGUUUGACCAGCCGUCGACGUACAUGGUGCAGGUUCAGGCGCCGUCGAACGUGCAGGUUCGGGUGUCGCCGAGCCAGUUUACGGUUGGUCCGGGGGAGGUGCAGCGGAUCACAGUGGUGAUUAAGGCGAAGAAGGUGCUGAGAAAGUUCGUGUUUGGGUCGGUCAGUUUGGCGGAUGAGCAUGGGCAUACUGUUUACAUGCCGCUUGCGCUGCGCACGGUGCUGUUCUGAGUCUGCUAGGUGACUUAUGAGUCGACUCAAAAGUCACCUCGUUUGGGUCGGUCAGUUUGGCGGAUGAGCACCGGCACAUGGUUAACAUGCCGCUUGCGCUGCGCACGGUGCUGUUCUGAGCCGGCUUUUGACUUGACUCCAAGGCACUGCGUACGGCGCUGCUCUAGAUAGGUAUGAACCAGAUGGUGCGGUGUGGUGCUGCUGAUUUACAUAUGUGCGAGGGAGGGAAAGGGAUGGGAUGAGGGAGGGAGGGUGUGGCUGAGGUAAGACAACGAGGGGGGGGUAAGAGAGUGCCUCUGUGUUUUGUGCAGUGUCUAUUCUUUGUGCAGGAAGUAACAGUAGCCCUCAUACGCAAUAAAUGUGAAGCGUGAUAUGUAUGUUGCCAAUUAUAUAAUGGCUUAAUAGCAGCAAGCUGAAUCCGUGUCAGUAAGAUUUCAAUUGUGAUGCUAUAUUGGUUAUGCUCAUCAGACGCAAGGGCUCAAAUUGG